AUGGAAGAGAUCUUAGCAAUCGAUUUUGGUACUACCAACUCUACUGCAUGUGCAUUCAAUAACAAAAAUAGAGUACAGUUAUGGAACAAUCAAGGCUCAGGGGAUUACUCUUUUCCUUCAUUUGUUGAAUAUACUGACAAGGGAGUGAAAGUAGGAAAACCAGCAAAACUUAAUAUGGGUAAACCUGGUCAUUUUGUAGUUUCGUGUGUAAAACGAUUGAUUGGAAAAACAUAUGACGAGUAUUUGAAAUUGGAAAAGAAGGAUAUAUUUGGAUGUGAUGUUGUUCGUGGAGAUGAUGGUUAUCCAUAUUUUGUUGUGAGUGAAGAUGAAUCGAAGAUGGUAAGUUGCAUAGAUGUUGCCUGCGAAUUAUUUAAGUGGAUAAAAGCAAGUGCUGAAGCAAUUUGUGAACGAACAUUUGCCAAAGCUUAUGUAACAAGGCCAGCUAAUUUCCUUGAUAACCAAGUAAAAGCAAUUCGUAAAGCUGCAGAGAAAGCAGGUUUAAAAAUCGACAAAAUGAUCACUGAGCCAACAGCUGCAGGAUUAUCAUGGUGUAAAACUGCAGUGAAAGGACUCUUUCCUACGUUAAAAAAAGACACCAAUGUAUUUGUAGUUGAUUUUGGAGGCGGCACUUUAGACUUUUCUGUGAUCCGAUAUUUGGGAAAUGGCAGAUUUAAAGUUGAAGAUAACGCUGGAAAUCCAUGCCUAGGAGGAAAUGAUAUAGAUAAUGCAAUAAUGGAUCUUGUUUUAGCUAAAUUGAGGGAUGGCUAUGAUGUUGUAAUCGACAAAUCGAAGAAAGGAACUGUACGAAAACUGGCGAGACUAAGGAACAUUUGUGAAGAAGUCAAGAUAGCAGUCAAUAUGAAGACUAAGGAUGAUGACAAUUAUGAAGGCUUUUUAAGGAAGAAUGAACACCUUACAUACGAAAUCGAUGUAUCCUACUUAACUACUGAGAUUGAGACCAUUGAAAUUCCAUUUAGGGAAGUAACUGAAGCAAUUAUGAAUUGCAUGGAAUCUGCAGUACUAAAGCCUCUUCAUUACAUUACAGACAAGCCAAGUCAAAAGUCAGGUGUACUGUCACACAUUCUAUUAGUUGGAGGUUCUUCUCAAUUGGUGGCUUUCCGUCAGUUACUAUAUAAGGAGCAAUUUAAACGAAAACUAUUUGAGAAAAUCGAUUCAAUGAACUGUGUUUCUCAAGGAGCUUAUGAAUUAGCGCUCAUUAUGAACGAUAAAAAAACAAAAAUGAGCAUGACAGAGCCUAUUGCAAUUUCUUAUGGACUAAAAUCUGGAAAUGACCAAGUGGCAAUUAUUCUAAGCAAAGGAACGACUAUUCCUUGUACUUCCGCAGAGAAAAUGUUUUGUAAUUGCGAUGACUAUCCUGAAAGAAUUAAUAUCAGUGUUUAUCAAUGUGAAGAUGAUGAGGGACAAGAAUUGGUUGAUAUUGAGAAAUGUACAGAGGUCGAGUCUUGGCAGUUUAUAAAUCCAGAAGACUGUAGACGACCUAGAGGACAACAACAGUUAACACUACGUUUUAAGUUGGAAGUUGGAGGAACUCUUCAAGUGAUUUGUAAGGAUUUUGCAUACAACGAAGUAUUGCUGGACGAAAAAGCUGAUGUACUUUAUGAAGGUGAUUAUUAUGUUUGUUGGCAUCACUCGAUGAAUGAGGAGGGAUAUCAGCCCCUUUCACCAAAUUUCUUGUGA